CGAAAGGAGAAUGGCUCACAGCCAGGUGAGGAAGAGGUCCAGGUCCAGGAGCAGGAGUGCCUCUCGGAGCAGGCCAGACAUGGAGAAGAGGAAGGAGAAGAGGAAGAGGAGCAAAGACUCCCGGGAGAGGCGAAGCCCAUCUCCUGCCUGCAAGAGAGGCCCCGAGUCUCAAGGGCCCCAGAGGCACUCCGUCUCCUCCAAAGAAGGGAAAAAGAAGAAAAAGGACAAGAAAAGGAGAAAAGCCAGUACCUCCUCCUCAGACACCACCACUUCCUCAUCUUCUUCCGGGUCUUCUUCCUCCUCUGAGGAAGGGUCAAGCGGCGGCGAGUCCAAGGCCAAGAGGAAAAAAAAGAGCAAGAAGAAACUGCCCAAAGAGAAAAAGAAGAAGAGGAAGAGAAAGAAGAAAGCCAAAAAGAAAGCAAGCAGGAAACUGAAGGAGAGGGUGAAAGAGGUGAAGUCCAGGGGAGAAGAGCUUCCCGGCCCUUCCCUGGAGCAGUGGCAGAAAGAGACGCUGGUGGAACCUGGCCCAGCCCUGACGGAUGAGCAGAAAUCCCGCAUCCAGGCCAUGAAGCCGAUGACGAAGGAGGAGUGGGACGCACGGCAGAGCGUCAUAAGGAGAGUUGUUGAUCCUGAGACGGGAAGAACAAGACUUAUUAAGGGAGACGGUGAAGUCCUAGAGGAGAUCGUUACUAAGGAGAGACACAAAGAAAUCAACAAGCAAGCUACCCGGGGAGACGGCCUUUCCUUCCAGAUGAAGACAGGGAUGCUUCAGUAACAGGGUAGACCUGCAACGUGCCAAAGACGCCUUCC